GGACCACCCUCUGCAACUGAGCUCUAUUUAAGGGACCUUGUAGAUUCUGUCAUUGUAACUUACAGCCAAAAAGAAGCUCUUUACCUGGGCAGCUUUCUCUGUUCUCAGCGUUGUUGUCCACAUUAACUGCAAGAUCAUGUCCAACCUCGCACCACUUCUUCUCAUUGGUGGCCAUGGAGGAAAUGCUUUCGACUUCAAUGGUCUGAAUAACGGAGCAACACUGCAAAAGAUAUGGGUGUGGGUCGGUGGCUGGCAGAUAAAAGCCAUCAAGGUCUGGCUUACGGAUGGCCGAUCCAUGCAGGUUGGAGAACCCAGUGGGAACCAUUCUGAAUUUAUAUUUCAAAAUGGUGAACACAUGACCUCUCUCUCACUGUGGGGAAAUGGAGCUGGAACUCGUGUGGGUGCCAUCAAAUUCAAGACGAAUAAAUCCCGAGAGUUCUUCGCACACAUGACAGACUGGGGACUGAAGACAGAAUACCCAGCUGAUGUGGGUUCUGGGAUCUGCGUGGGAAUCACUGGAGGUGCAGGUGCAGAUAUUGAUUGCUUAGGCUUCAAGUUCAUCAACAGCAUCAGGUCUACUGUGUUGAAGAACGUGCACUAUCCCACUCUUCAUCACAUGAUUCCCAGUGUGUCUGUUGAAGAACUCAAAUCCAUGACGUAUGAAAACAGCUCUACUGUCAUGCAAGAAUACAAAAUUGAAACUUCAAAAACUCUCAGUAAAAAGUCCUCCUGGUCGGUGACCAACAAGUUGGAAUUCACCUUAAGCAUGGAAGUGAAGGCAGGAAUUCCAGAGGUUGCAGAGGUAUCGACUGGAUUCAGUUUCACAAUGGGAACUGAAAGCACAUACGGUCUGGAGAACUCUGAGGAGAAAACCGAGCUGCUGUCAUUCCCUGUCCAAGUUCCUCCAGGAAAAAAAAUGAAAGUUGACAUCACAAUUGGUCGAGCCACAAUUGAUCUCCCCUACACUGGCACAGUCCAAAUUACCUGCCUCGAUGGCAGCGUUCUGGAGUUUCAAACCAGUGGAGUCUACAAGGGCCUCACCUACACCGACGCUAAAACAGUUGUGAAAGAAAUAUAAGUCAGUUUCUGUCUGUUGUUCCUGAAAAGUGAGCUUAGUCCAGCAUCAGGUUCUUUGAAUGUUCU